UCCACCUUCAAAUCGGACGGCAGUAGGAAAUUAUUCUCUCACGUCCUUUCCUUCCGCCAGCUCCCAUGUCUGCUACACAGAAACUGCAAUUCCUCCACAGUUCAAAUUGACUGAGGCUGAUAUUUGCAGGGCCAAAUGCCAAUGGCGUCGUAUGACAGCCAUGUGAUGCAAAUUCGCAAGAGCAAUCCUCCAAACUGACCCCCUCCCCUUUCUCCUGGUACAUUAUUGCACUUCAUGCUUUCAGAUUCAACCAUGGCUCAACAGGAAGAUGGAUGGCCAUUAGGCUUGCGGCUUAUGAACACCAGAGUUGGAUUGGCAAGAAAUCAUGAUCUCUCGGCCUCGGUUUCUUUCAAUACUUUGCGCACUCAUUCUCCUAGUUCCUUCACCGACUCUUCCUCAGAUCUUGAUACAGAGUCAACUGGAUCAUUCUACCAUGACAAGAGCAUCACGCUUGGGAGUCUCAUUGGAGUCUCUAGCCUUCUGGAGCUGUCGCGAAGAUCAACCAAAGGAAACAGAGUGGAAAUACUCAAAGACAAAAAGAAGUACAAGUCCAAGCCAUGGUUGUUUUCUUUAUCUUUAUGCAUUAAACUCCGCCCUGAUGCUGUGAGCUUGAGCAGUUCUCCUUCACUUGAACACUCUCUUGAAGCAGAAAGGAGAGCUCAUAACCCGACCAUGUAUGGACCCAAUGAUUACUCGCCUGUUCGUCCUGUUUCUGGAACAAACUCUUUGUUUUCCAGUGAUCAAGUUGCUCCUGUGCAGCCAUUUGCACCGGCGGUCACAGAGGAAAGCAGAAGAUCAAUUGGAGAACUUGCCGAAGAUGGUUACUGUCAAGGAAUUCCUCCACUCUUUUCAUGUCUAUAUUGCCAACUGAUCAAAUAAUUCUUUCUUUCAUUCCUAUAAUAACUUUGAAUGCAUUGUUUCACUACAACUUUUUUCUUCAUGGACAAAUGAUGCAUGUCAAAAGUUAUAUGGUCAUUUCUUUCAUUCUACCAUUUGGGUUGUGGGAGACUUAUCAUAAUCACCAUUGAGCCAUUGUGUUUGGAUCAGACAAAUCAAUGUAUUCUCAGCUGCUACGUUCAGUCUGUUUACUGCCAA